GAUAAAUUGAGCGUCUCACCCCAGGACUCACAACACUGUCUCUGGAGACGCAAGGAGAGAGAGGAGCUCAGCCCUGACUAUCUGUCGUAACAUGGACACAGCGGAGUUUCGCCGGCGAGGGAAGGAGAUGGUGGACUAUGUGGCAGACUACCUGGAAAGCGUGGAGCAGAGGCAGGUGUACCCUGACGUGGAGCCCGGCUACCUGCGCCCUCUGAUCCCCGAGGACGCCCCCCAGGAGCCAGACUCCUACGAUGACGUCUUCAGGGACAUCGAGAGGGUCGUCAUGCCGGGGGUGACCCACUGGCAAAGUCCCUACUUCUACGCCUACUUCCCUGCUGCCUCCUCGUACCCUGCCAUGCUGGCAGACAUGCUGUGUGGAGCCAUCGGCUGCAUCGGCUUCUCCUGGGCCGCCAGCCCAGCCUGUACAGAGCUGGAGACAGUGAUGCUGGACUGGCUGGGGAAGAUGCUGAAACUCCCUGGAGACUUCAUCGCUGGAACCCAGGGCCAGGGAGGGGGGGUCAUCCAGGGCACAGCCAGUGAGGCUACUCUGAUGGCUCUGCUGGCGGCUCGUUGCCGUGCGGUGCGACUCGUCCAGGCCACCGACCCCGAGCGCUCGGAGGCUGACAUCAUGUCCAAGCUGGUGGCCUACGCCUCGGACCAGUCCCAUUCGUCCGUGGAACGAGCCGGUCUGAUUGGUGGCGUGCAGAUGAAGAAGGUUGCCACGGACGACAGGUAUGCGGUGCAGGGCGAGACCUUCCGGAAGCUGAUGGAUGAUGACAAGAAAGCUGGACUCAUCCCCUUUUUUUUCUGCGCCACACUCGGUACCACUCCAUCCUGCGCCUUCGACAGAGUCAUGGAACUCGGGCCGAUAUGCAACGAGGAGCAGGUCUGGAUGCACAUCGAUGCUGCGUACGCCGGCAGCGCCUUCAUCUGCCCAGAGUUCAGACCCCUGCUGGAUGGCAUCGAGUUUGCGGAUUCCUUCAACUUCAACCCACACAAAUGGCUUCUGGUGAACUUCGACUGCUCUACGAUGUGGGUGAAGAAGAGGUCUGACAUCAUCGGGGCCUUCAAGAUAGAUCCUCUUUAUCUCACACAUGAAAACCAGGAGUCAGGGCUUGUGACAGACUACAGGCACUGGCAGAUCCCUCUGGGUCGGAGGUUCCGCUCCCUGAAGAUGUGGUUUGUGUUCCGGCUGUACGGACUCUCAGGCCUCCAGGCUCACAUUCGCAAGCAAGUGGGCCUGGCCAGGGAGUUCGAGGGCCUGGUUCGUGCCGACCGGAGGUUUGAGAUCAGCGCUGACGUGGUGCUGGGCCUGGUCUGCUUCAGACUCAAGGGCUCCAACGAGCUGAACGAGCAGCUUCUGAAGCAGAUCACCCGCGCCAGGAGGAUCCACCUGGUGCCGUGUCAGCUGUCUGGCCGCUUCGUGCUGCGCUUCGCCGUGUGCGCCCGCACCACCGAGUCGUGCCACGUCCAAGAGGCCUGGAGACACAUCACCCAGCUGGCCUCCCAGCUGCUGCAGGAGCUGCCCCACUGACCCCAGGACUGACC